AUGCCUUCCUCGCCAUCCGCAGCAACCAACGCAUCUUCCUCUGAAAGCGCACCCCUGCCACCGCCGAAAGACGCUCCGUCGCCACCACCAAAGUCGCCCAAGUCGCCCAGAUCCAACCCCCCAUCUCCCGCUCCGGCUCCGGCUCCAGUUUCCGAAGCACCCCUUGACACGCCCGCACCGCAUCGUACUUCCACCCCACUCGCACCCGCCAAGCCGCCGGCACCCGAGCCCGUGCUCGCGCCCACACCUGGCCCAACCCCAGGCCCAAGCUUGUCCUUGGACCAAGCUAACGUGAAUGCGAAUUCGCUGCGCGUGCGUCCCGACCUCGCCGAGUUUGAUCCGUACGACACUCCGGCGCCGCAGGUCCGGCCCAAGCCACCAGCGGGGCCAGGUGCCGAGGUCCGCCGCAAAUCUCCAGCCGGAGACGAGAAUGCGGUGCGGAGGAGUUCUGAUCAGCCUGACCGCGAGCCGCGGCGCAGUCCUAAACCGCGACAUAGCGCGGACAGGCGCGAGCGCCGCAGCGAGGACCCCCGGCGACGAAGCCCUCGUCCUGAGGAACCAGCGUUCAACUUCUCCGGCUUUCUCAAGGACCUAAGGACCAAGUCUGCCGAUCCUGUUGCACGAUACUUGAAGAGCUUCCUCAACAACUUUGCCAAGAAGCCGUUUACGGUCAACGAGCAGAUCAAGCUUAUCCGCGAUUUUUUGGCCUUUAUCGAGGGUAAGAUGCGGGCCGUCGAGCCAUGGAAGUUGCAGAGCGAGGCAGAGUUUGACAAUGCGCUCGAGGCGAUGGAAAAGCUCGUCAUGAACCGACUCUACCCCUACACAUUCACACCACAGUUGCACGAGGGCCACCAAAUAACCACGGACGACCUCGAGCGCGAUGCCGUGUUCGCGCAACGCGUGCGCCUCUUCGGCUGGGUGGAGGAGAAACACCUCGACGUGCCCGAGGGCGAGGCUGCGCAGGGCUUCCUCGGCUUUGCUGAGCAGGAACUGCUAAAGAUCAACCAUUACAAGGCACCACGAGACAAGAUGAUCUGCAUACUCAACUGCUGCAAGGUCAUCUUUGGCCUGAUCCGGCACGCGAUGGGCAACGAGGCGGGUGCGGACGCGUUUGUGCCCAUCCUCAUCUAUGUGGUGCUGCGGGCGAGUCCGGACUGCAUGCUGUCCAACGUCGAAUACAUCCAGCGCUUCCGGAACCCGGAGAAGCUGCAGGGCGAGGCUGGGUAUUACUUGUCCAGCCUACAGGGUGCGAUUGCCUUCAUCGAGACAAUGGAUGCAUCGAGCCUGUCCAACAUCACGCAGCAGGAGUUUGAGAGCAACGUCGAAAAGGCGAUCCGGGAGCUGCCUGAGUCGCCGUCUUCGCCGCGUGCGCGUGCGUCGCUUCCAACGAGCGACAUGUCCCCUUUCGCGACGUCGCCUGGCGAGGAACAGGCGCAGCAACUUGCACUGCCGGCUUCAGCUGCCGCGCUGGAUGGCACGAGGCGCUUCUUCCAGCGCACGGGCGACGCGGCCAAGGAGGCUGUAUCGCGCCCACUGAGCGCCAUCACCAAGAUCCUAGAGAAUAUGCAGCAGCAGGGCUACGACAGCGAGAGCGGAGACGACGAGGACGGCGAGCACGUCACAAUGCAGUGGACGCCGGGCGGCUCGCGCGACCGCGAGGCCGACAGCCGGGCGAGCGCACAGCACGCAUCGACAGGCUUGCCGAUGAACACGCCAUCAAGACAGCCACAGCCACAGCCGCCGAGCCGCCUCCUUGCACAGCUGGGCAUCUCGCCAGCGCAGUCGGAAGGCGUAUCCCGCCAACCUACGCCGCAGCCGUUCCCACAGCCUGUGUUCCAGGGCCAGUACCCGGGCCAGCAGCAGAUGCAGCAGGGAUAUUACCACAACCCGCAACCGCCGGGGUACGCCGAGGACCCCUACCACGACAACAUGCAGUCUACGCUCGAUGCCAGCAACGCCCAGUUUGCGCGUGACCAGGCACGCGGAGCCAACGUGCUCACGCUGCACCAGAUGUUCCCGGCGCUCGACGAGGAGAUUGUCGAGGCCGUCCUGUACUCUUGUGGUGAGGACCUCGGAGUCGCAAUAGACAGGCUGCUUGAGAUGUAG